AUGGCAGACGACGGCGCAUUGAAGCGUUCUCGAUGGGCUCUUGAUGGCGAUGAUGAGGACGACACGAAAGAAUCCACCGUCAAGAAGCGUAGCAAAAAGACCAAAAAACAGGACAAGGGAAAACAACAUCAAGAACUACGACAACGAGUAGAGUCUCCUGCAACUCCAAUAAUACCUAUAGAGCAUCCUAUAAAUUCUCGAACUAACGAUACCUCUACUGUACAAGAUGAAACAGCUCAACCGACAUUGCAGACGGAAGCUACAUCUGGUGAACAAGAUACCGUAACUGAUUACGACGAAUUACAGGACUUUGAACCACCACUCAAAUGGAUGAGAGUGCAUAUUGAUAUGGGAAAUGAUGAUGCUGAUACUUCGCAGCAGCCUCAGCAAGGAUCUGACGAUGCUGGUGAAGAUGCAAGUAUAAUGGUCGUGGACACUAAUAACGCCAGUAAAACAGGAGCACUCGCAGACUCGCCGAUAUACCAACCUGCUCCCAUCCCAGACGAAUUCCCUGAAUCUCCCGACUCACCACUCGACGACUCAGAAGAUGUCUUGCCUGGAGCUCCUGAUCGUACACCACCUCCAACCUUACUACCACACCAUCACGCUCCAACCACUAUAACAAAGACACCUGCUGGACCACUUAUCGCGGGAUGUCGAUCGGUAGAUGCGUAUGAGAAACUGAAUCGGAUUGAGGAGGGUGCGUAUGGUGUUGUGUAUAGAGCUAGGGAUAAAGUGAGUGGAGAAAUUGUUGCGCUCAAGAAGCUGAAGCUUGAUAAAGAAAAAAUGGGGUUUCCGGUUACGUCGUUGCGUGAGAUUCAUACCUUGUUGUUGUCGAAACAUGUUAAUAUUGUGGAUGUGAAGGAGAUUGUGGUGUCGAAUAAUUUGCAAAACAUAUUCAUCGUAAUGGAAUUCGUCGAACAUGAUCUCAAAGCUCUAAUGGAAUCCAUGCGAGAACCAUUCCUACAAUCUGAAAUAAAGACUCUCAUGCAACAAAUCCUGUCUGCUGCUGCAUGCCUACACUCGAACUGGAUUAUUCAUCGAGAUUUGAAAACUUCGAACUUGCUCAUGAAUAAUCGAGGAAUGAUUAAAGUCGCUGAUUUUGGACUUGCCAGGCGGUUUGGUGAGCCUUUAGGGAAUAUGACUCAGUUGGUUGUUACCUUGUGGUAUAGGGCUCCAGAGUUGCUCUUAGGAGCCAAAGAAUACACAACUGCUAUAGAUAUGUGGUCGAUUGGUUGUAUAUUUGGUGAGAUUGUGAAUAAGGAACCAUUGUUGCCUGGACGUGGUGAUAUGGAUCAGUUGACCAAGAUAUUCAAACUACUUGGAACACCCACUGAAGAGCUAUGGCCUGGUUUGAAAGAGUUACCAGUCACCAAAACGAUCGUAUUGCCAUCGUAUCCAUAUGCUCAACUACGGUCUCGCUUUCCUUAUUUGACUGAGAAUGGACUGGAUCUCAUGUCCGGACUGUUGGUUUAUGACCCAUCAAAGAGGCUUACAGCUGAGCAAGCAUUGAAGCAUCCGUUCUUUUCUGAACAUCCACCACCAAAACCAACUGAACUAUUUCCAACCUUCCCAUCCAAGGGUCUUGGUGAGAAAAAGAGACGGGUCGCAUCACCUUCGGCUCCUGUAGCUGGUCAUGGGCUAGUAGAAGACGCAGAUGAAGCUGAAUUGAAGGCCCAAUUAGGAGUCAGCAACACUUUCAAGAGCACUGGAUUUAGACUUAAUUUUAAAAAGUGA